UAGCGUGCGUCUCCACCUUCACCGCGCCUCGCCGUUUUUUCAUCUCCAUCGAGCUUGCGUCUCCGUCCUCUGCAUCUCAAGCCUUGCAUCUCCGUUCUCCGCGUCUCCAGACUGCGUCUCCGUCCUUUGUUUUUUGUGUCUCCAGCCGUGCGUCGUCCAACCGUGCGUCUCCAUCCACCAUUUUUGCAUCUGCAGUCUUGCAUUAUAGGGUACCAUUGGAUCUUGACUAUUGUCAAUGAAGAUAAAAAUAUGAUAUAUUUAUUGGACUCUAUGUCUAAUAGAAAUCAAGACGAUGCAUGGAAAACUAUGGUGACCAAUGGGGUCAAGAUGUACAAUGCUUCAAAGGGUAUUGCUAAAGCACCAGGUUUUAAGCAAUUGACGGGUAAUCUAAAACAAAGUGGUUCUGUUGAAUGUGGAUAUUAUGUGAUGAGGUACAUGAAAGAGAUAGUUGAAUGUGAAAAUCCACAGUUGGAGAAGAUGUUUGCAGGAACAAUCAAGAAUCAAUAUUACAACCAAUCUCAAUAUGAUGAAGUCAGAAGUGAAUGGAGCGAAUUCAUCUACUCGUAUCUAGGUGCCUAAAUGGGUCGUGUACGUUAGGAUAAAUAUUUUAUUUUACAUUAUGGAUUUUUGGACAUACAUACUUGUGGAUACACUUUUAGUUUGUGGAUAUAUUUUUUAGUUAU